UUUGUUUGCCACUAUUUCAAUGUUUAACCUUAAGAACAAUCAAGAAUUUCAAAUUUGAAAGGUCAAAUGAAGUGGGAUACUUUGCUUUAUUGAAAUUGACCCCUUCACCAAAAACAUAUCCAAACCAAAGAGAAAACAAUCAUCAAUAAUAGAGCUAUCUCAAAGAGAAGAAGCUUCAUCAAUGGAGAAAGAUGAAACUAAAUUCACCAUUUUAAUGUUUCCAUGGUUGGCAUAUUCACAUGUAUUCCCCUUCUUUGAACUAGCCAAAAGCCUCUCAAAGAGAAGAACCUUCCACAUAUACUUUUGUUCCUCUGCUGCAAACCUUGGAUCAAUCGAAAACAACCUUAAUAAUCACAAACUUCGAUGCAACGACGACGAUGACGUGUCGAUAGAUCUAGUGGAACUCCAACUGCCACCCUCCCCACAACUCCCUCCACAUUUCCACACAACCAAGAAUUUGCCACCAAAUCUUGUGCCAAUCCUCUUGCAAACCUUUCAAGAAUCGAGUUCGAGUUUCUCCCGAAUCUUGAUCGAUUUAAAACCCGAUUUGCUGAUUUACGAUUUCUUCCAACCAUGGGCAGCCAAACAGGCCUUAUCCCUAUCUAUACCAUCCAUUUACUUUGCUACUGCAGGGGCAGCACCUUUUUCAUACUUCCACCAUCUCCACACACAUGGGAGUGCCUCCACUUUCCCUUAUCAGGAAAUUUACCUUUCGGAUCGCGAAAAAGCCGAUCUAAACGCUGUGGUUGCGCCGGAAAUAAAAGAUGCAGAUCAAGAUUUUGCGUUUGGAAACUUCAAACUAUCUUGUGACAUUGUUUUGAUCAAGAGCUCAAAAGGGCUCGAACAAAAGUACAUCGAUUAUCUUUCGGUGCUUUGCCGCAAGAAAGUGGUGCCCACAGGUCCAUUAGUUCAAGAAUCUAACAUCAAAGAUGAUGAUGAUGAUGAAUCAGAAGUAAUCAUGCAGUGGCUAAGUGAGAAAGACCGGUUUUCGACUGUGCUCAUUUGCUUUGGGAGUGAGCAUUUAUUGCCAAAGGAGCAGAUAGUGGAGAUAGCAAAAGGGUUGGAGCAAUGCUGCACAAACUUCAUAUGGAUCGUUCGAUUUAUUAUGGACGAAAAUGCCCUUCGCUUGGAAGAUGAAUUACCAGAAGGGUUUCUUGAAAGGGUGGAGGGAAGAGGCCUAGUUGUGCAGAAAUGGGCACCGCAAGCUAAGAUUUUAUCGCAUCCUAGUAUCGGUGGUUUCGUGAGUCAUUGUGGAUGGAGUUCUAUAAUGGAAAGCUUGUACUUUGGCGUUCCCAUUAUAGCCUUGCCGAUCAAAUUUGAUCAGCCGAUAAACGGUAGAUUGGUGGUGGAGGCUGGCUGUGGAGUGGAGAUUGGAAGGGGCGAAAACGGAAUUUGUUCUGCAGAAGAGGUGGCUAAAGCAAUCAAGAAGGUGAUUAUGGAGGAUAGUGGAGAAGGGCUUAUUAGGUACAAUGCUCGAAAUUUGGGUGAGAAAAUGAAAACGGAAAAGGAAAUAGCGGCAAAUGAAGUAGCAGAGGAGUUGUUGUUGAUCUGCAAGAAGAGUAAGCAGCAUGCAGAUAAAAUCUAAGCCGUCCAUCAACAAUAAUCCAACGAUAAAGGUUCUUCUUUCUCGUCCUUUUGCUUUUAAACCGUCUAAACUUUUGAUGUAUCGAACAUUUGAUGCAUGAAUCCUAUGUAUUUUGCUCUAGCUUUCUCCA